CUCAGUUUUUCUCUUUAGAACUUUUUCUUGGCUUCUGCCAAGAAAAUUGGAAUAUUGCAAGAUAUUCCAAAUUCUUGCUUUGUUUUUCUACCUCAAUACCAAUUGUUGCCUAAAAGAUGAAUGCUCUAUGAUGUCAGAGGCAACCUCAGUUCAUUUAUCUUGGAGACAGGACCAAAGUUCUGACUUAGCUGUCUCAGGAAACAAAGGUCGUUUUCUCUCUGUAUCCCAGGACAUGGUCCUUCUCUCAGGAGAGAACACUAUUUUGAAAAGGGGCUAACUCUAUAGCCUGCUGAACCUCCCUCUAAAGAGGAAACAUAACUAAAUCAACCUUGUGAUAGUUCAAAUUGGAUUAUCCAAUUCUGAUCUUCAGGGUCUUGAAAUACCCUGAUUCUACUUGGUCAUCCCAUUUGAUACCAACUCUGCAACUGUGAAAGAGGGAAAUUUUUGAUAGGGAAAAUGAGAAGAGGAGAAAAAGAGCAUGAAAAAGAAAUCAUGAUCCAGUUCCCAUCAAAAGACCUUCCAGGAAAGAUGAAAAGAAGACUGAUUACAGCUGCUUGGGAAAACCAGACAGAACCAUUGUGGGAAAAAAUAGAGCAUCAUUUGAAUUCUAAGCCAAUGUCCCACCUCAACCAACCCAUAGGCAGGACAUGUCUCAAACAACCACUCAUAGUAACACAGUUUCCAAACUCUCAAAAAACUGUACUAAUGCCAUCUCUUAAUCCAAAGGAGAACUCAAAAAAAUUGACCUGCCCUGGCAAGUCGUAUACUAUGUCAGACUUGCCCUUAAAACGUUGCCCUAGUAACCAGUCCCAUAUGGAGCCUUUCUCAGGACCUGGGCACUACCAGAACAUUUUAGUUGACCACAAUCACCAAACAGCUGAGGCCCAACAGACUCAGAUCCCAUCUGUACGUGGACACAGAGGUAAAGUUAAACAUAAAGUCCCCAUGAAGAAAGACUUCAAAGUCUUACCUGAGCACAAUGUGCCAAAGGGGACAACUCUAAAUGCUCUUGUAAGAAGUUUAAACUUUGCCUCCAAAUCUAAAAUUAUCUCAGCAUGUUUUUCUGAGUCUUUACCUAAAGCUAAUGGUUUAAAACCAUUAAACCAUGACUGGACUAAGGAAAGAGAAAUGAGAAAAUCUCUUUCUGGGCCCCAAAUUCCCACUUUUUCUCUUUGUAAUAAUGUUACCGAUGCAAGAAAUGCCCAUCCUUCCUACCCCACACAGUGGCCUACUCCCACUACAGAUAAACCACCACAUGAUAUAGACGAAUUAAUAUCAGCCCUGGGAUUAGAAACACCAAAAUUUGGACCAUGGCAACAUGCAGAAAAGGAGAAUUUUUCAGAUUUCCAACAAUGGGCCAAGUGCUCUUCUACAUGCCUGAAGUACCGUUGCAUGUACUGUAUGCCAAUGGAUACGUUUGCAUCAUGACAAUCCCUCAGUCUAACCAGAGCUCUACCAAGCUAAAGUCAGCAAAUUGAGAAUAUGUAUAAGCCAGAGAUAAAGCGUCAGUCCACAAUGUUAGCCUGUAUACAGGUUUAUACAAUUGGACCGAGAUGUUCCACUGACCUCAUCUACCUGAGUCAUCAUGAACACCCGUGUAUCUCUUCAUUGUUUCAUCUCCUAAAUAGGCUAUCAUCAAACAUAGCUGAAACUAUGCAGCACCCUGAGAACAUCAGGCCACUUUGUAAAAGUGCUUGAGCACUCACGUGUGCAAAACUGCAGACAGGCAGGGAAACUGAAGAAACGCUGUGCCCUGAGCACACCAGGCCUUUCUCUAAUGAAACCUGACCACCACCUUUUGGACAUGCAAAAACCAGACUCUGACAAGCAAGCUUAAGGACCUCCAAGCAUCUCUCCAAUGAACCUAGACCAUCUGAACAUUUCACAACUGGACUGAAAUCAGCAUGUCAGGAGGCAAUCCCAGGCUACCUUCUCACUAAUACUGACUACUAUUUAAAUGUGUCCUCUGUCCCACACAGAAUUCAUUUUUAAUAAGUCUCAUUCACUGACCACAAAUAUGCCCCCGAACCCCUUUUAUUGAGUUUGAUAUUACUCCUCUCUAACAUUCCCAUCUCCUUGGCAGGUCUCAGGGUGGCUGAUUGUUUUUAAUUUUUAUAUGUGACAAAAAUAUUUUAGAGCCCAUGAGCGUGAUAUAUCUGUGAAUCUAUUAUACAUAGAUUGUAUAUAGUUCUAUUUUAUGUGUAUAUAUAUCUACCAUUUAUAAUAGCUUGCUUUUACUUUUAAGUAUAUAAAGGAUUUAAUCUGUAA